CUUCAUAUCCUGUCUUUGUUUCAAAUUCAUAAAAUAACUGUUUCGAUUAACGGCGGUCGGGCCGUAAUUAAUAAAAGUCGGUGCAGUAAAUAAGAUUUGAUAAAAAUUCAUAGUUCGUGAACGCCGACAGACGUGCAGAGGUCCGUAUUUACAACAAAAGUAGUUUUCUUUGUGUGCUACAAUGGAGGUUCAAACUAAAUCGACUGAGAUCCGUUGCCAGGAGAUGUCGAAGGGUGGGUUGGCGUACGAGGUGAUCCUUGCAGAGCCGGUGGGCGUGCCCGCGCCUGUACCGCGUCGUGCCGACUCGCCCGAUAAGACGCCUUCCGUCGAGGAGAUCCAGGAGAAGCUCAAGGCCGCCGAGGAGCGACGGCGGAGCUUGGAGCAGAGCAAGAUGGCCGUGAUCGCUCAAAAGAUGGCCAAGAUCGAGGAGGCGUCGCGCAUCCGUAGCGAGCAGACUAACAACUUCAUCACGGCCACCAAGGAAGCGUUGGACGCCAAGAUGGAGACGCACGAAGAGAAACGCGAGGCCUAUAUCAACGAGCUGCGGGCCAGGCUUAAGGACCAUCUUGAGGGUGUUGAAAAGACCAGAUUGACACUGGAGCAGCAAACGGCGGAGGUGUACAAGGCGAUCGAGGACAAGAUGACCACCGCCGCCGACAAGCGCGACGAAAACCUCAAGAAGAUGAUCGAGCGUCUUCGCGAACAUGAGGAGCAGAUCCGCAAAGUGCGCACGGGCAACCAGGAGCGCUUCCAGCAACUGGAGAGCACCAUCCAGGACAAACUGCAGCAGGCAGCCGAGCGCCGGAUGCAGCUCGAACAAGAGCAGAAAGAGAAGCUGCGCAACCAUACCAAUAAGUUGGAAGUGGUGCGCUCUACCAUCUCCGCGAAGGCAGAGGAGAUCUCGAAGGACAUCGAGACAAAACUCACCACCGCCGAGCUCAACCGGGAAAAGGAAAUGCAGAAGAAACUCGACAUAAUUAAAAAACAGGAGCGGCGCGCAGAGAUAGUGCGGCAGAACAAAAACGCGCGCGCCGACAGCGAAGCGCCCACGCAGGGCUAGGCCACGCCCCGCGCACGCGCAGCACACGCUACCACAGCCGCCUAGCAGCCAACAACCUGAGCUCACAGGGGGCAGCGAAGGUCUUGUGCACACUGCGCAACACUUUAACAUCAAAGACUUUUGCUGCCCUCUGUAUCUCGCACAGCCAUAGGUGCCUGUUCAAGGAGAUGUGCUUUUUAUCAUGGCCAAAUUCUUGUAUAACGUUAUUGGUCUCUUAGUUUUGAGAGCGAAAAGGUAUACUGUUAAAAGCCGACCAUAUCAAUAUCAUCAACUGUACGAAGAAAAAUUUUGAAAUUGCUUGCCAGUUUUAACAACUGUAACGGCUCUGUUCACUUAGCACACACAAAACCAGCGAAAGUAUGCCCACCCGGCAUACUUUCUUUUGUCUAUAGACUAUGACGGGUAAAUUAAACAUGUCUCUUGUCCUUGUGUUCAUGCUAAGUUUCUCGAAUGAAUGAAUGAAAUUUGUUUUCCUCGUCAAUUUAUAAUCUUACAGAAAUUCGAGACUAAUUUAAGAUACAAGAACUUUUAUCUCUUUGAAUGUGGAAAUGUUUGAACAAAACAUAGCGUGUGUUAUGCAGCGCCUCAAUUAAGGCCAAUAGUGCGUUCAUACUGUAACUCGGCAUUGUCAAGGACAGAGCUACAAGACAAACAACUUAAUUUUUACGCUCAAUACAAGUCUUGUCCUCCUCAAUGCCCGUGUGACCUCGAACGCGACAUUUCAGAUCAUGCUUACGACAUGUUUUCUUCGGUUAUUUACCACAAUGCUAACAUCAAACAAGGCCUAUCGACAAUUGUCUAGACGUGAUCUCACUCGGGCCAACUUUUGGUAUUUCCAGUACGUAUUUAAGUUUUUUUAUUUUUAUUUAUUUGGAUUACUAAAAGUUGGCAGACGGUUCCGUGCAGCCGACAAGAUUAACUCACAUUAACUUUAUAAGUAUCUUAAAUAAAGAACGAUCUUUGAUAAUCGGUUGUUAUCAAAAUUGAGCGUUUUUUCGCACGGAACCAGGAGUUUUAACAUUUAAUUUUUAUGUGUUUUAUGGACGCGAGGGAGUAACCUAAAAUUAGUUAUAGACUUAUAUCAUUAUUUUUAACAUUUAAACGCAACAGUAUUUUAGGAAAGUAUUCGUGUAUGUUGCCGUGGGUAAACGCCCUCGAGUGGCGGUGUAGGUGUAAGGUGGCCGCGGCCGCCGCUGAGUGUGCGCUGCUGGCUGUAUGGUUGCUUGUGCUCAGACACCGGACUAGUAACAUUGCAAAGAAUGGACAGGUUGACGGCGACGGGUGGCAUUUGAUCUGAGCCAAACUGGUACAAACCUGGAACGUUCUCACCGUCAGUCAAUAGCUACAUUUUGAAAUUGAACUAUGUUUUGUUAUCUCAAAUUGAAUAACAGUCCAGACUAUAGUUAACAGCGAAAGUGCCUCGUAUUUCGUAUUUGGCUCCAAUAUCAAUAAAAUGUACCAUAUGGGACUGCCUUUCAUAGCAUUUUAUAUUUUUUUAUGGUAGAAAGAGCGCUGGCCGGACGGUGUGUUGGACACAACGCUUCUGUGAUGUUCUGCUCUUGGGUAGCUAGUGAUAUUAAUGAAGCACGCGGGUUCUGCCCUAGCCUCGAGCGUAUGGAUCCCUGUGGUUUUGAUAGUAUAUUUUUGGCA